AUGGUAGAAGCUUCACUGAGGUCGCCUGUAGGAAAUCAGAAGUAUGAACAGUGGACUCGGACCCAGGCUCCCCCAUCUUGGGAACCUGCAUAUUCAAGAGGUCAGAUGGCCACGCAGAGGGCGCUGGCGCCCAUUGCCGUAACGGACAAGCUGGCCCGUAUGCACUCUGGAAAUGGCCACCAGAGACUGAAGCCACAUCAGCUGGGCCAGAGCCUGAAUGGUGCCCAGGUUGCUCCCUCCAAGCGACUUGUCUGGGUCUCUAGAAAAGCCUUCUUAGACGUGGGCCGGCAUCUGACAACCGGCACUUCCGCGCAGAUGUUUGCGCAAACGCAUUGGUUGUCAUAUCUGCACUUGUCAGUAAAGUUCAGAUUCUGUGGCCCUGGCGUCUGCUGUGGUGAGGAAGCAGGGGCCAAGAAGGUGGUAAAUCCCCUGUUUGAGAAAAGGCCUGAGAAUUUUGGCAUUCUACAGGAGAUCCAGCCCAACAGGGACCUCACCCACUUUAUCAAGUGGCCCCACUACAUCCAGGUGCAGUGGCAAAGGACUAUCCUCUAUAAGCGGCUAAAAGUGCCCUCUGUGAUUAAGCAGUUCCCCCAGGCCCUGGACCGCCAAAUGGCUACUCAACUGCUUAAGCUGUCCCAAAAGGACAGACCAGAGACAAAGCAAGAGAAGCAGCCGAGAUCGUUGGCCCAGGCUGAGAAGAAAGCUGCUGGCAAAGAAAAUGACCCCACUAAGAGGCUAUCUGUCCUUCAAGCAGGUGUUAAUACUGUCAUCUCCUUGGUGGAGAACAAGAAGACUCAGUUGGUGACGAUUGUGCAUGAUGUGGAUCCCAUUGAGCUGCUUCUCUUCUUGCCUGCCCUGUGUCGUAAGAUGAGGCUGCCCUACUGCCCUGUCAAGAGGAAAGUCAGGCUGGGACAUCUAAUCCACAGGAAGACCUGCACCACUGUCACCUUACAGGUUAACUUGGAAGACAAAGGAGCUCUGGCUAAGCUGGCAGAAGCUAUCAGGACCAAUUACAGCGACAGAUAUGAGGAGAUCCAUGACCACUGGGGAGGCAAGGUUGUAGGUCCAAAAUCUGGGGCUCGCAAUGCCAUACUGGAAAAGGCAAAAGCAAAAGAACUUGCCACCAAAAUGGGUCCAAUGAACACCUUUGAGUUUUCUGUACAAAAAAUGAAAAAAAUUCUUCAAAAAAAGGUUUCAAGUUCUCUCAAUUAUUUUGCCUUCCCCCUUUCCUUCUCCCUGGGGUAG